AUCGAUAGCGAUAUCAACCGAUAGCAGUAAUUCCAAUCCAAUUGCAUUUAAUUUAAAUAUGAAAGAAAAUAAGAAAAAGUCGCGCAAAACGGCCAAUAAGGCCAAGGAAACGUCAGAGGACCAGAAAAAGAAGAUCAUUGAACUGCUGCACGAGUACAACGAUCUAAAAGAUGCCACACAUCGCGUCCUGGAAGCCUUGGCCAACCUUAAAUGCGUACCUGUCGGAUCGGUUUAUGCUACCUACAACCUGCCCCACGACGAAUAAAGUUUGAGCUUUUUAGACUGUUAUAUUUAUGUACUUGUUGUAAACAACUUGUAAUACAACGGAGUGCAUGUAAAUGCCUUCUGGCUUGGCAGUUCCAUGAGACUUCUGCUAAUAAAUCCACCUAAAACUA